CCGGAGGCGAAGACCUUCCUUCUGUCCCGAUGUGACAGGGCUGUACAGUGAUUAAAAACCGUACAGUUUAUAUUAGCAGGUUAACGUUCAGUAGCUUAACGUGAAACAACAUUGAAUUGAAGGCGACAGCUACUCCCAGUGCUUACAUUAACGUUAACUUGACGACGAAGGAAACAACGAAGUGUUCUUUUAUGUCACACGGAUAAAAUGAAUGCUCAUUAGGGAAACGUCAGUGUUUAUUAAGAGGAGAGAAAUGUGUCUUGUGGACUCGGACGUCUUGUCGAAGAGGACGGAUCUAACGAGGACUAACGCCUUCAGAUAAACAACAGCUCUGUGUUGACAUUUGUGUUGCAUCCUUAAGAUUUCUUAUGCUAACAUUGACAGUGGACUAGCUCGCGGAUGUUGGCUAGCUUUAUAGGUUGCUGCAACUUGUAUAUUUUAGAUAGAAGCAGAUUAAAUAAUUUAGCAUCACCGAACAAGUUAACGUUAUUUACAUAUUAUUGUUCGCAUGUUUGCAGAGACCUACUAUGGGCAGCAGCUAUGACGCCAGGUGCAGCCACAGGAUUAUGUCACUGUCAGGCUAACCGAUAGCUCGGUGUCUGCAACUGCUUACAAUCUUUGCAUAGUCAUGUGCAGUAGGGUUGGCAUCAUGUAGACUGUCCCUCUGAACUGGUUAGCUGACUCGGGACACGUUAGUGAGCCACCUUUGGAGAGUAAUGCAAAGCUGGAUUGCAGCUAUCCAACUGGGUCAAAGACUGACAGCUGGCAGUGAUACAGUUUAGCUCAGGAUUGUUGUUAGCCAUGCUCAAAGCCCUCCGUUCUGUGUGACAUUACAAACACAACCUAUUUAGAGGGCAUGUGAAUGCAUGAUGUCCUGUCACCAUCUCUUAUUUAUGCAAUAAGGCACAUCAAAGCAGCCUGUCAUAAAGUAAAUCUGCAGUGCAAGAAGCAGCAUCACCAGGACUGAGAGAAUAAUUCGCUCCGGGAUUAUUUUCUGAAGAGAAGAGCAACAUUGAAUGCUACCCACCAGCGCCCAACAUCAGCUGGACCAUCAGCCCGUCACAAUGGAGACUGUGGGAGAUUUUGAGUACAGCAGAAAAGACCUGGUUGGACAUGGAGCCUUUGCUGUGGUGUUCAAAGGAAGACACAGGAAGAAGACAGAUUGGGAAGUGGCCAUCAAGAGCAUUAAUAAGAAGAACCUGUCAAAGUCCCAGAUCCUUCUUGGCAAGGAAAUCAAAAUCCUGAAGGAGCUGCAGCAUGAAAACAUUGUGGCACUUUAUGAUGUCCAGGAAACACCCAACUCUGUUUUUCUGGUCAUGGAGUACUGUAAUGGAGGUGAUCUUGCCGACUAUCUGCAAGCUAAGGGGACACUGAGAGAAGACACACUGAGGGUUUUCCUCCAGCAGAUUGCUGCUGCCAUGCGCAUCCUCAACAGCAAAGGAAUCAUCCACCGUGACCUGAAACCACAGAACAUCCUACUGUCGUAUGUGGGUCGCAAGAAGUCCAACAUCAGUGGCAUCCGCAUCAAAAUAGCUGACUUUGGCUUUGCACGAUACCUCCAGAGCAACAUGAUGGCAGCCACACUAUGUGGGUCACCCAUGUACAUGGCCCCAGAGGUCAUCAUGUCCCAGAACUAUGAUGCCAAGGCCGACCUGUGGAGCAUAGGGACUGUCAUUUACCAGUGUCUGGUCGGCAAGCCACCAUUCCAGGCCAAUAGUCCCCAAGACCUGAGGAUGUUCUAUGAGAAGAACAAGAAUCUACAACCUAUCAUCCCAAGGGAGACAUCCCAACAACUUGGUGACCUUCUGCUUGGUCUGCUGCAGAGGAACCAGAAAGACAGGAUGGACUUUGACGCGUUUUUCAGCCAUCCUUUCCUGGAGCCGUCAUCCACCAUCAAAAAAUCGUGUCCAGUGCCGGUCCCCAGCACCUCUAAUGCAGUGACAGACAGUUCCUGUGGCAGUUCCCCAUGCAUCCGCUACAACUCCCCUCCUUCUCUCCCAGACAUGCAGACACUAGCAGAAGAUGGUCUGUCAUCCCCUCCGCUCGGUCCACCCAACUUUCUGCAGCUGUCCAAAGAGUCUGCAGGAAGCACCAGCAGUAAAAACUCGUCCAGUGACACUGACGACUUUGUCCUGGUGCCUCACAUCUCUACUGACAGCUAUGACCAGCCAAUGGGAGUGGUUCGUCGGACGUCCAGUGACUUCCUCAUGUGUGGAGGGCAGCCGCAGCCCACCCCAGGACAGACCCCCAUGGUGUCCCCACGGGCUGAGACCACCCCCAUCCCUGUUCCGACCCAGAUCCGCAACUACCAGCGCAUCAAGCAGAACCUCUCCAGCAGCCCGACGACCACACUGUACAGCUCUCCCAGGUCUGGCACAGUGAGGCGCUCCAACACGAGUCCUAUGGGGUUUCCCAAGGUGGGCUCGGGGUCCCCCAGCUCUGCAGAUGUCCCUCAGGCAGUAGGCAGGCGUCUCUCCACCGGCAGCUCCCGGCCCUACUCCCCCUCACCUCUCGUGGGCACCAUCCCUGAGCAGCUGGGUCACUGCUGCUGUCACAUGCAGAACCACGAGCCUCGCAGCCGCAGCUCCUCAGGAGGUUCCCCCGUCCCAUCCUCUCAGCUCCUGGGGCCUCGGCUCCAGAGUGCCCCCACCUUGACUGACUUCUACCAGACCAGGCAGAAACUCCACAAGCAGUUAUCAGACCCUGUUCAGCCUUCCUCCUCGUCCUCCUGCAGUCAUUCCCCUCAGCUCGGUCGACCAGCCAACCUUGGCUCCUCCCCCACCAAGCUCCUGGGCUCCUCCCCCCGCACGUCUGACUGGCUGCAGAAGUCCCCGCUGCCCACUAUCAUUGGCUCCCCGACUAAGACUAUUUCGGCACCUUUUAAGAUCCCCAAAACACAGGCGUCCUGUAACUUGAUGGCACUGGCAGACAGCCCCGUGCCCACCAAGACGUUGGCAGAUGCCCGGGAUAUCUGUGCCCACCACUGCAGCCCGUACCUCACCGGACGCCCAGCUGCCCCUGAGGCCAGCAGGACCUUUGGCAGGUCUGUUAGUACAGGUCGUCUGUCUGAGCAGCCAAUCAGAAUCACUCUGGGUGGACAGGCCUAUCAAGGCAGCAAUGACAGCUUGAACACAGAGCGACCCAUGGACACAGCCCCUGCAGGUCCCAGUGGGCUGGUUCAGGUUGGGUCAGUGAGUCCCCGUACUGUCCUUUUCACCGUGGGUUCACCGCCCAACAGCAGCACUCCCCCUACCUGCAGCCACCUGGGCACACGACCACGCACCACCUCAGUGGGCUCCAACAGUUCGGCCGGCUCCCUGUGCUCCACCAGCGGUCGGGUCUAUGUUGGAUCUCCUCCAGGCAUGGCCAUGGGCUGCUCUCCUCCAGGAGGUUUUGGGGGCGGGCAGAUUGUCCCCAGUACUGAGGGGGCACCCAGCAGCCUGCGCUAUGUUCCCUAUGGGACCUCCCCUCCCAGUUUAGAGGGAUUCAUCACAUUCGAAGCCCCUGAGCUGCCUGAAGAGACCCUCAUGGAGCGUGAGCAUACAGACACCCUGAUGCACCUGCGGAUGAUGCUUUCAUUCACUGACUGCGUCCUGGAGAUGGCGGCAGUGCGAGCUGGAGGGACGGAGCUUGGCGUGUCGGCCGCCUCCCUCUACCCUCCCCAGGACAGUGUGGUUGUGGACCAGAUCAGCCAGCUCAGCAGAGAGUGGGGGCAGGUGGAGCAGUUGGUGCUCUACAUGAAGGCAGCUCAGCUCCUGGCUUCCUCUCUCCAUCUGGCCAAGGCUCAGAUUAAAUCAGCCAAGCUCAAUCCUUCCACUGCCGUCAAACAGGUGGUGAAGAGUCUUAACGAGCGCUACAAAAGCUGCAUCUCCCUCUGCCGGCGGCUGACUGACAGACUCAACCACUUCUUCUCCGACAAGCAGCGCUUUGUGGACGAAAUCAACAGCGUCACCGCGGAGAAGCUCAUCUACAAUCAUGCAGUGGAGAUGGUUCAGUUAGCUGCUCUGGAUGAGAUGUUCAAGCAAACAGAAGAUAUAGCCUACCGCUACAGCAAGGCUGCCAUGCUGCUGGACGGCCUGUCCAAGAUCCUACAGGACCCCACUGACAUUGAGAACGUGGUCAAGUACAAGGCUAGCGUGGACCGCAGGAUAUCAGCCCUCUGCUACUGCACUGUCACACUCUACGAGUAGCAGCCCUCCCAUACACACACACACACACACACACACACACACACACACACACACACACACACACACACACACACACACACACACACACACAGACACAGAGGGACCACGUCCUAAGACUAUUGACUACCAUCCUCACAAAGCCGCUGUUCCCUCCUGUAGCAGUUCAAGCACUUUUUAUUUGAUAGGUUUCAUCUGUAUUUAUCAUCAUACUGGCUGCAUCACGAACUGAACUGUGACAAGCGACUGAUGCACAAAUUUACAACCAAAGAUGACAACGGAUCCAGAAACAAAAGGCUGAAACCGGAUGUGGACGUAAUGCCUGCACUUUCAAGUGCAUUUUUCUUCUUACGCUAUGAUGGUGGAAACCCGUCUGAUCAACAUAUAUAAAAAAUAAACUAAUGUCCAUCUUUCAGGAUAUCAUUUGUUUUUUACCAGAAGAAAAAAAGGAUGGACAGGACUAUGAGGCGGUGUUGUGGACUUCAAGAGACUCAAACUGGAGUUUGUCUUUAUUUUAUUUUUUUUAUCCUGCGUACUAUGUGAUAUCAGUGGUUAUUUACUCUGUGUUUAAGUUGUUGUUUUUCUUAUUUAUUGGUUCAGAAGAACAGGGAUGUUUGAGUCUUCUCCCUAUGUAGAUAACCUCAAGUAUUGGAGUGGAAUGAAAUGGAAGAAAAUUGCAGAAGGCUUACGGCUGAUCACUGUAACUGAUCCAACAACAUGGAUUUUUACGUAAAACAAGAACUCUCGUUACAAAAACUAGACAGCCAUGUGAGCAAAGGAACCUGUAGAUUUGGAACUGCUUUAUUAUUUUUCCUGUGUUGUUAGCUCAAGCACUUUAUUGUGGAUUGAGAGGAAGAGGCGUGUAGCUGUACAAGUUCUGAAGGGAGAAAUGUGAAGGCAGGGGAAGGGUUUUCUAAUCACUCCUGCUCCCACCCUCAAAAUAUACCUGCUCUGUAUGCAUGAUAAACAAGUUUACAGACUGCAUACAUUUCCCAUAAGGCAGAGCAACCAUGGGAACUAGGGUAAGGAAAACAGUGCUGUCAGCCAAGACAAAUUGGCUGCAGCUCAACUUUGCAGGGCCUCUUCUUUCAAGAUCAACUAGAUGUUUAAUAGAACCACUUUUAGCUUGUAAGCAGAUUUAAAUAAAUAUAUUUAAAGGGGCGUGUCACCAAUUUUACACAUAAAAAUCUGUUUACUUGUCACAAAUAGCCCUCCUCAGCCUGUGAAUUGUAAAAUGUCUUCUGUGACUGAUGGGAGAUUUCUGAAGUCCGAGAUUGUAACCCAGAUGAUGUCAUCAGGGUUGUCUUGAUUAGGGCUUGUGGACUUUUUAAAUAAAAUAGGGGAAUGGAGUUUGAAAAAAAAUGUAGGCAUUGUCAGGCACAGUAAAUUCCAGAUACAGUAGUUGUGUCUGGCCAUAUGAAAGAAUUUGAAUGCAGCCAUUCAAAGCCUUCCCUGUUCUUUACCAUUGAUGUGACUGAUGCAGUUGUUCUCAAACAUCAAACCAACAUUUAUCAUUUAUAAAAAGAAAUACUUGUAGUUUGGUAAUUCACAUAAAAAAUGUGGAUCACAGUGAGGAGGGGUUAAGUUAAAUGUGGGGUGACAGUGGCUCACUCUGCUCACAAGGUCUGCAGGCUUGGAUAUUCAGAAGAAAAGAUGGUGGCAGGCCUAUCUCCUGUCCCCACUGCAGUGCUGAACAGCCAAUCAGUGUCCACUUUAAACCCUGAAGGAGUGAUUUGUGAAACUGAAUGGUCAUAUUACUUGACAAGUUACCUUAAAAAUAAUUUUCAUUUUACUAAAAUACUACAGUUUUUUAUGUUCUGUCAGUAUCUGUAGCUAAUUUUUUUUAACAAAACUUGAUGUUGGCAAACUUGUAUAUAUUUGUAUGUGGUGCAUGUGAUGAUUCCUUUCCCCUCUUUUUGGGAGGGGAGUGAGUGUGUGUGAGAUCACAUUUUAAGUUUUGGGGUGUCGAUGAUACCAUCAGAUGACCUGCCUGUCGGUCAAAGAGCACAAAUCUUUAUAUGUACAUAGGUGAAUUUGAUACAUUUUAUUCAUGUCUGCCAUAUUUUGGCACAACAGGGGUGUGCCAAAGAAUAAAAUAUAACUCGUGGCAGCUCCAAAACUUUCCAGAGAACUCUUUCUACCAGGACUGUUCAUUGUUUAGACGAAGACACAUAUUUGUUCAGUGGGUCUUAUGAAAUUUUCUGAAAUAAGCGUGACGUCUUAAGAUUUCAUACUCAUUUCCCAAAAUUUUGUGAUACUUGAAUUGUCACAAUCUGCACUGCCUAGCAUCCGCUGUCCCCUCUGGCUCGCCUCAAGUUGUCUGCUGUGCUCUCAACAGUGUAUGUACUAUGUAUGAGUGUAUAUAUACACACAUGCACUUGCCAGGUGUGCAUUAACGCCAGUAGUAAACAGUUAUUGAUGGAAAAGGUGAUGCCUUCUUCUUGUGAAAGCAGAGAAAGACAUUCUCCUCUGCACAGGUGUGAAUACAUUCUUUUUCUGUGUAAAAAUGUGUAUAAAUGCAUUCACAGGCACCCAGCGGUCUCUGGGCCUGUUGAUCUGAUGUACUGUUCUUUUCCGAGACAUAUCUGGGUUUCAGUUUCCCUCGUCCUUGUCAUGAGCACUCUGAACCACACAAAGCCUUUUACUGCACACAGAGUGAAGAGGGACAAAUAAAGCUUAUGGGAAACCCGCCUCAA